UUCACCACCCCAGUUGGCACCGGAUGGCUGCUUCCCAAGGAAUGGGAGACAGGAAGCAGGGGCGCCAGAGCCGGCAGGCGGCUGCUUGUUCUAGAUGCAUCUCGGUGCUGAGUGCCUGGCACGCUUGAGGCUGGGGCGUGCCCUGUUGACUGGAACGGGGUCCCAUGCCCAGCAGGCCCACGUGGUAUGUUGGUGCUCAGGAGAGGUGGUGGAGUUUGGUUUCUCAGACAGAGCCUUGAGACAACGAGUCAGUGGAGGCUGGGCCUCCAGACCUUCUUUUUGGGGUUUUUGUUUUGUUUUGUUUUUUAGAAACAGGGUCUCACUCUGCUGUCCAGUCUAGAGUGCCAUGGAGUGAUCAAAGCUCACUGCAGCCUCGACCUCCCUGGCUCAAGCAAUCCUCCCACCUCAGCCUCCUGAGUAGCUGGGAUUACAGGCAUGCAUCACCACACCCAGUUAAUGUUUGUAUUUCUUUGUAGGGACCCGGGGUCUCACUAUGUUGUCCAGGCUGGUCUCAAACUUCUGGGCUCAAGCAAUCCACCCUCCUUGGCCAGGAGUUUUUGCCAAGUCCAUGUCCUCCUGUCCUCCCUCCUUCUGUGUCGGGAGCAGGCCUGGGCACUCAGCGUGGGGAUCCAGGGGUUCACAGGCUGCCUUUGUGUGAGAGAAGCUGCUGUCUCUGCUCAUGGGUUGCCCAGGGGUGCAGAGUCUGCAGGAAGGUUGCGAUGGAGCUGGGGUUUUCCCUCCGUUCCCAGCCUGCAGCGUCAUGAGCUGCCUCCUGUGCUGGGGUGCAGCCUGCGGUUGCUUUAGUUCUGUGUGGGCGAGAGCUUGUGGGCCCCGGCGUACUCAGGGCGUUGUGCUUCAUCACUGGGGCCAUCCUGGUUGGUGCCCAGCCCCCUCCCCUCACAGACCUCCUGCAGGCCACCUCCAGGCCUCCGAGAUGACCCCGGUAAUGCUGUGGUAGCUCCUGGCCUUUGGAACAAGAUGACUCCGGCUCUUCUUGUUUGUUUCACCCGUCCUUCUCCUCAAGCAACUCAUUUUUUUUCAGUGGAAGAUGAUCUUGCAGAACUGCUGCCAGGCGCCAGCGGUGCACCCCCCGCCCGGCACGUGGCCUGCCAGCCACCCAGCCGCCCUCCUCCCUGCCCUGACGGCCCUGCCCCUGUGCUGGGUGUCUCUGGUGCUGCUCAGAUGUUUCAGCACCUGGGUGUGCGGAGCGAGGGUGACAGAAACGAGGAGGUCAGAGCCGUGGGCCAGGGCGUGCUGCGAGCGCUGGAGAGCCGGCAGCCUGAGGGACCCAGCCUCAGACACCUCCUCCCCGUCAUGGCCAAGGUCGUGGUCCUCAGCCCGGGCACCCUCCAGGAGGACCAGGCCACCCUGCUCAGCAAGCGGCUGGUCGACUGGCUGCGCUACGCCAGCCUCCAGCAAGGGCUCCCGCACUCCGGCAGCUUCUUCUCCACGCCCAGGGCCCGGCAGCCGGGCCCCAUCACCGAGGUGGACGGGGCAGUAGCCACAGACUUCUUCACGGUGCUCUCCACCGGCCACCGCUUCACAGAAGACCAGUGGCUGAACGUGCAGGCCUUCUCCAUGCUGCGGGCGUGGCUGCUGCACAGCGGCCCCGAGGGCCCAGGCACCCUGGACACAGAUGACAGGUCAGAGCAGGAGGGCUCCACGCUGUCGGUGAUCUCCGCCACCUCCUCUGCCGGCCGCCUGCUGCCGCCCCGGGAGCGGCUUCGGGAGGUGGCCUUCGAGUACUGCCAGCGCCUCAUUGAGCAAAGUAACCGACGAGCGCUGAGGAAGGGGGACUCCGACCUGCAGAAAGCUUGCCUGGUGGAGGCCGUGCUGGUGCUGGACGUGCUGUGCCGGCAGGACCCGUCCUUCCUGUACCGAAGUCUCUCCUGCCUGAAGGCCCUGCACGGGCGGGUGCGUGUGGACCCGGCCUCUGUGCGGGUGCUGCUGCCCCUCGCCCACUUCUUCCUGAGCCACGGGGAGGCGGCUGCAGUGGACUCGGAAGCCGUCUACCAGCACCUGUUCACCAGGAUCCCGGCGGAGCAGUUCCACAGCCCCAUGCUGGCCUUUGAAUUCAUCCAGUUCUGCAGGGACAACCUCCACCUGUUCAGCGGGCACCUCAGCACCCUCAGAUUGAGCUUCCCCAAUCUCUUUAAGUUCCUGGCCUGGAACAGCCCACCCCUCACCUCCGAGUUUGUGGCGCUCCUCCCGGCCCUGGUGGAUGCUGGCACAGCCCAGGAGAUGCUGCACGCGCUGCUGGACCUGCCCUGCUUGACGGCGGUGCUGGACCUGCAGCUCAGGUCAGCACCGGCUGCAUCCGAGAGGCCACUCUGGGACACCUCUCUCAGGGCCCCCAGCUGCCUGGAGGCCUUCCGGGACCCGCAGUUCCAGGCUCUUUUCCAAUACCUGCUGCGCCCCAAGGCCAGUGGCGCCACUGAGAGGUUGGCGCCACUCCACCAGCUGCUGCAGCCCAUGGCCGGCUGUGCCCGCGUGGCCCAGUGUGCCCAGGCCGUGCCCACGCUGCUGCAGGCAUUCUUCUCAGCAGUGACCCAGGUGGCUGAUGGGUCCCUGAUCAACCAGCUGGCGCUGCUGCUCCUGGGCAGGAGCGACUCGCUCUACCCGGCCCCAGGGUACACUGCCCGUGUGCACAGUGUGCUGAGUUCUCAGUUCCUGGCCCUGUGUACGCUGAAACCCUCCCUGGUGGUGGAGCUGGCAAGAGACCUGCUGGAGUUCCUGGGCAGCGUGAAUGGUCUCUGCAGCAGGGCGAGCCUCGUCACCAGCGUGGUGUGGGCCAUCGGCGAGUACCUGUCGGUGACCUACGAUCGGAGGUGCACCGUGGAGCAGAUCAACAAGUUCUUCGAAGCCCUGGAGGCCCUGCUAUUCGAGGUCACCCAGUGCCGCCCCUCUGCUGACCUGCCCAGGUGUCCCCCCCAGGUGGUCACCGUGCUGAUGACCACGCUGACGAAGCUGGCCUCCCGGAGCCAAGAUCUCAUCCCCAGGGCCUCUUUAUUGCUGUCAAAGAUGAGGACCCUGGCUCAGAGUCCAGCCACCAGCUCCACGCACAGCAAGGAGGGCGCGGAAGCCAUCCGUACCCGGGCCACAGAGCUGCUGACCCUGCUGAAGAUGCCCAGCGUGGCCCAGUUUGUGCUCACACCCAGCACGGAGGUGUGCAGCCCCCGCUAUCACCGCGAUGCCAACACGGCCCUGCCCCUGGCCCUGCGCACGGUCAGCCGGCUGGUGGAGAGGGAGGCCGGCCUCCUGCCAGGGUGAAGGGACAGUGGCCAGGGACUUCGGUGCAGAUCAAGAGCCUGGGGCGGCCAGCUUGCUACUGAGGCCAGGCUGAUAGGCGCUCAGGAGGGCGCGGGAGUCCUGGGAGAGGAGGCUAGGCCCACGGUGGGCUUGGCACCCUCAGAGACACGCGGGGCUGGCCCCCUUGCUCACCCUCUGGGCUUUGUCUCCAAGCCUUUUGCUCCCAGGCAACACUGAGCUGAGCUGAGGGGAGCCAUGGAGCGGCUCUGAUUGGAGGCUUGAGGCCCUGUGGCUGGGCUGGGUGGAGGCUGCUGGGUCUGUUUCCUAGUAGUUUGUUUUUGGACAGUUGAUGGGCAAGAAGAGCUGCAGUAAAAGUAAAUCUUUAGUAA